AUGGAAAUAAAGGAUGACAAAUAUUCGUACAAAAAUGAAUUAUCUCAUAUAAAGUGCAAAAUGGAAAAAGAAACUGAUAAUGAGAAUUGCAAAGAUACCCUGCUUUUGAUCAAAAAUGAAUUUGAACAAGAAGUGCUUUCUGAACAUGACUCUAAAGUUGAUCUUAACAACAUUGAUGAUUCAAAGAUUUGGUUCAAUCAAAUCAAUACAGCAGUUUUUAUUGAAGAUGUUAAAACAGAGAAAUCCCAGAAUCAAAAUAUAAAGUGCAAUGAAUUAAAUUUGAAUAAAGAACAUCAGACAAAUUCCCAUGAUUGGCGUUUAUUGGAAAUCCAAAACCUUCUUAAAAUGAUGCCUUUAGGCCAAAUAUCCGCCUCGAAAAAUCUUCCUUGUCAUCUGGAUGGAUGCUUAUUUUGA